GAGGCAACUCCCGACACUCUGAACCUGCAAAAAAUGUCUCGAACAUUAUUUUUUCUUUUUAAAUUAUUUUUAUCUUUAUUUCUUGGCUUUUGCCAUUCCAAAAUAAAUGUUCCCAUUCCAUAUGUAACUGUAUGGAUAAUGCUUCGGUACUUUUUCUGCCGAAACACUGAAGAGGGACGAUCAGAGCAGAGGCCGUCGUGGCUGCGUCUCGCUCUGACAUUUUACAUUGGAUAUGUCGCAGGAAAAAUGGACGUCCCCAUUAGCGUUUUUGUGGCCGGUCUCUUAGUCUAUUGGUGGCGCCAUCCUGACGACAAACCAGUCAAACGUCGAAAAAUGGAAGAACUGAUAAUGAUCCCUCAAGUCUCCAUGGAAGAAUAUUACAGGAAUAUAAAUAAGCUUGUCGAUAUGGAGGAAGAAGAGGACAAGCCAGAAGAGAUCCUACCAGUCGUGUGGCCCGGCAUUGCCCGGAUACUUUAUACGGAGACUGAUGAAGACACCAGAAUAGAGGACCUGAAUAAGAUUCUGGUUGAACUAUGGCCAUACUUUGGGCAGUAUAUCAAGAAGCUGCUCAUUGAUUGGUAUGAGCCCAUCAUCCGAAACAAAUGCGCGUCCUUCCGGUUUAGUCACGUGGAUUUGGGCGAAAAGGUUCCACUGAUAACAGAUACCAGGCUGCAUAUAAGGUCCGAGAGGAAACAGAUUGUUCUGGACCUCGAUUUGACUUAUGACGGAAAUGCCGCUGUGAAAAUCGCCCUGGGAAGAAGAUUCUUCCGAAUUGGAGCAAAGAAGCUGGCGGUUGUUGGCACACUCAGAGUGGUACUGGCACCACUGAUAGAUGAGAUGCCACUCUUUGGAUCCCUGACCUGGUACUUGCCCCGGCGACCGGAUGUAUUAGAGGUCAACUGGUCGGGGAUAAGGCAUCUUUUGAAGAUCCCUGGAAUAUCGGAGUUUUUGGCCAAAACAGUCAUGCACUGGGGUGUGGAAAAAAUGUUCGUCCCGCCACACUGCAUGCCAACGAGGCUACUGAAGACCUUUAGAUUGGACAGACUGUUCUUCCGAGUCACCAGGAAUAUAAUUCGAGUAUAUAUUUUGGAGGCUGAAGACCUGAUUUCGGAAGACUCAGGAGUAUUCUGUCCUUACGCAGUGAUAUGCGGUGCGCAACAGAAAGGCAAAACUAAAGUUGCCAAGAGAAGUCCAAACCCAUGUUGGAACCAGGCAUUUCAGAUGAGAUUUAAUGAUCUCCCAAUGCAGGAGAUAGAUAUUUCUGUGUUCCACCACGGCACUACGAGAGAUCUAUGUUUGGGCAGCUGGACACUGGACGUGGAAGAGAUCAUCUCCCAGAAAGCCAUAGAAAAGGUAAGAGUUAAUAGGAGGAUAAUGGCACCGACAGGAAGGGGUUGCACCUCCGGGUUGUACAUUCACUUGUUUCUCUUUCCCCUACAGUGGCUGCCGUUUCAGAACGCGGCAUCUGGGAGACUCCAUAUUUUGCUACAAUGCCUUGAUCUUGCCCGAGAUACUACUGAGCUGCCACAGGUGAUGAUCACCAACCGUAUAUCUCGGCCAACACAGAUCAACAGAUUUUCCUCAGCCGUGAUCUUCAUCCUUGUUGAAGAAGCCAAGGAUCUUAGAGUGAAGAACAACGCUGGGCUUCCCACAUCCCAUGCAGUGACGAAGAUCGGAAAGCAGUCAUUCAGUGGCAAGGUAUGCAGAAAUACUGCGACGCCACAAUGGAGGGCAAAGUCGAGCUUCCUAUUAGAGAAGCCGCAUAAAGAGAGAGUGAAGAUAACGGUGAAAGACAAGAACCAUGGCUGCCUGGGAACUUUUACCCUUCACCUCUCUGACCUCUUAUUGGCUGAAAAUCUGACCAUGGAAGGCUGGCAUCAGUUGGAUGCAUCUUUCCCGCAGGGAUCUGUUUGGAUUAGAUUUGAGCUGAGGGUAAGUAAAAGAUGUUCCUCAAUCAGUUCAGCUGCACAGGGAUAUUGGGGUUGUUUUGUGGGUUCCCUAAAUACAUAUCUAGUGCCGACACACUCUUCUUUCUUCUUUGUAGGUUUUGGUUCCACCCAGAGGAGUCGAAACUUUAAUGGAUUCUGGCUCCUAAUGGCCAAAACCCUGUUGGCUUAAGAAGGUCCAACACCCCGUGGAUAUGACGACGGCGCCGCCCCGUGGAUAUGACAAUGACGCCGCCCCGUGGAUACGACAAUGACGCCGCCCCGUGGAUACGACAAUGACGCCGCCCCGUGGAUACGACAAUGACGCCGCCCCGUGGAUACGACAAUGACGCCGCCCCGUGGAUACGCCAAUGACGUCGUCCCGUGUAUACGCCAAUGACGUCGUCCCGUGGAUACGCCAAUGACGUCGCCCCGUGGAUACGCCAAUGACGUCGCCCCGUGGAUACGCCAAUGACGUCGCCCCGUGGAUACGCCAAUGACGUCGCCCCGUGGAUACGCCAAUGACGACGCCCCGUGGAUACGCCAAUGACGACGCCCCGUGGCUACACCAAUGACGACGCCCCGUGGAUACGCCAAUGAUGACGCCUCGUGGAUACGCCAAUGACGACGUCAGCCUUCCCUGUCC